UUCUAUGAACAAGGCAUAUUAGAUUAGUAAGAGCACACGUAGUAUCUUUAAACAAAAUUUGCUUGUGUAAGGAAUUACUGGUAACAAAAAGUUAAUUGUCAACACUAAAACAACGCAAUCGUUUAGAAAAUUAACAAAAUUUAGUAGUGAUAUAGCAAAACUUAAGUGUCAGUGAGAACAAACUCUUAACCUUUCCUCUACAUUACUAUGUACAGAUUCUGAUAAUAGCUAUGAAUUCAGACGAUGAAAACUUUUAUGACGACUCAGGUAAUGAAACUAGUGGUGAUGAUGUUGAUUUUGCAAUCGAGGUGGAGGCCACAUCAAACAGAGAGGUCCAAAACAUUGAGGAAGAUUAUCCCUAUGAGGUCCUUUCAACUGAUGAUAUUGUGCAGCAUAUGAUAGAUUGUAUUAAGGAUGUAAACACUGUAGUCCAAAUACCAGCAACAACUACACGUAUUUUAUUAAACUAUUGUAAUUGGGACAAAGAAAAACUCAUGGAACGUCUCUUUGAUGGAAAUCAGGAUGAAUUAUUUAAGGAAGCAAGAGUAAUUAAUCCAUACAAAAAAGUUAAUUUAGUAGUCAAACCAAAAGUAUCUCGAAAAGUAUUAGGUACUGAAGAAUGUGAAAUUUGUUUUAUGGUUCUUCCUCCAUCUCAAAUGACUGGCCUUGAAUGUGGACAUCGCUUUUGCUACCAAUGUUGGAAUGAAUAUCUUACUACAAAGGUCAUGGAAGAAGGCGUUGGACAAACAAUUGCUUGUGCAGCUCACAAUUGUCCAAUAUUGGUGGACGAUCAGACGGCUAUGCGUCUAAUCAAAGAUCCUCGUGUCCGUCUCAAAUAUCAGCAUCUAAUUACUAACAGUUUCGUUGAAUGUAAUCGACUGUUGCGUUGGUGUCCCAGUCCUGAUUGCAAUUAUGCGGUCAAGGUUAAUUAUGUGGACGCGCGUCCUGUGUCUUGUCGUUGCGGGCACACAUUCUGCUUUGCAUGCGGCGAAAAUUGGCAUGACCCGGUCAGAUGCGGGCUGUUGAAGAAAUGGAUUAAAAAAUGCGACGACGAUUCGGAAACGUCCAAUUGGAUAGCAGCAAACACCAAAGAGUGCCCAAAAUGCAAUGCCACCAUCGAAAAAGAUGGUGGGUGCAACCACAUGGUGUGUAAAAAUCAGAAUUGCAAAGCAGACUUUUGUUGGGUAUGCUUGGGCCCCUGGGAGCCCCACGGUAGCUCGUGGUAUAAUUGCAACCGGUACGACGAAGACGAAGCAAAGGCGGCGCGUGACGCCCAAGAACGUUCGCGAGCUGCCCUACAACGGUAUCUGUUUUAUUGUAACCGGUACAUGAACCACAUGCAGUCGCUAAAGUUUGAACACAAAUUGUACGCCGCUGUUAAAGAUAAAAUGGAAGAGAUGCAGCAGCACAACAUGAGCUGGAUUGAGGUGCAGUUUUUGCGCAAAGCGGUUGACAUCUUGUGCCAGUGUCGGCAGACGCUCAUGUACACGUACGUGUUCGCCUAUUAUCUAAGGAAAAACAACCAGUCUGUGAUAUUCGAGGAUAACCAGAAAGACCUCGAACGCGCCACUGAACUGCUUAGCGAAUAUCUGGAACGUGAUAUCACGCAGGAAAACCUCGUCGAUAUUAAGCAAAAAGUGCAAGAUAAGUACAGGUAUUGUGAUGGAAGACGUAAGGCGUUACUAGCUCACGUGCAUGAAGGUUACGAGAAAGAUUGGUGGGAAUAUACAGACUAAGAGAUAUGUGGAUGAUGAAUAGCCUUCCUCCCAUUUCUGCCCCACCCACCGUUCACGUACCCAAUUCUCCGUUAAACGAUGGAGAAGAUAAAAUGAAGAACAGCUCUAGCUUUAUUGUUUUUAGUUACAUAAUCCUGUACAGAUUUUUGGGUUGUAUGUGUGUAAUAUAGGAAAUUAAAAAAAAAAUUAACAUGAACAUUAUGUAAAGGAUGAUAUGAUGCCCGAUGCUCUUGAUCUGAUUUGUAAUUGGUAAUAAAAUACUUUUGUUAGACUUUUUUCCAUUUCGUAUUUGUUUGGAAAUACAGAAAAUUAUAACGGAACUAAAUGAUC